GACCCCUCGCCCGGCCCGGCUCCCCACCAUGCUGGACGGGCUGAAGAUGGAGGAGAGUUUGCAGAGCGCCCUGGACCCCGCGACCCCCUUCUCCUCCUUGCUGGGCAGAGCCGCGACCCCCAAGUCGGUGUGCGAAGGGUGCCAGCGAGUGAUUUUGGACCGGUUCUUGCUGCGCCUGAACGACAGCCUGUGGCACGAGCAGUGCGUCCAGUGCGCGUCCUGCAAGGAGCCCCUGCAGACCACCUGCUUCUACCGCGACAAGAAGCUCUACUGCAAGCUGGACUAUGAGAAGCUGUUCGCGGUGAAGUGCGCGGGCUGCCUGGAGGCCGUGGCGCCCAGCGAGCUGGUGAUGCGCGCCCAGAAGAGCGUCUACCACCUGCACUGCUUCUGCUGCUGCGUCUGCGAGCGGCGCCUGCAGAAGGGCGACGAGUUCGUGCUCAAGGAGGGGCAGCUUCUCUGUAAGGGCGACUACGAGAAGGAGCGGGAGCUGCUGAGCUUGGUGAGCCCGGCUCUGUCGGAUUCUGGCAAAAGUGAUGAUGAGGACAGCAUCUGCAAGCUGGGCCAGGCCUCAGGGAAGGGCGCUGAGGAUGGGAAGGAUCACAAACGGCCCAAGAGGCCUCGGACCAUCCUGACCACGCAGCAGCGGAGGGCGUUCAAGGCAUCGUUUGAGGUCUCCUCCAAGCCCUGCAGGAAGGUGCGGGAGACACUGGCGGCAGAGACGGGGCUCAGUGUCCGUGUGGUGCAGGUCUGGUUCCAGAACCAGCGAGCAAAGAUGAAGAAGCUCGCCAGGAGGCAGCAGCAGCAGCAGCAGGACCAGCAGAACACGCAGCGCCUGAGCUCAGCCCAGACGAACGGCGGCUGCGGGCCGGGGCUGGAGGGGAUGCUGAACCCCUACACGGCGCUGCCCCCGCCGCAGCAGCAGCUGCUGGGCAUGGAGCAGGGUGUCUACGGCUCCGACCCUUUCCGGCAGGGGCUCACCCCGCCCCAGAUGCCCGGAGACCACAUGCACCCCUACGGUGCCGAGCCCCUCUUCCACGACCUGGACAGCGACGAUACCUCACUGAGCAACCUGGGGGACUGCUUCCUGGGCACAGCAGAUGCAGGGCCACUGCAGGCACGAGUGGGAAACCCCAUCGACCACCUGUACUCCAUGCAGAACUCCUACUUCACCUCCUGAGCCCAGCGUGGUCCCCCCAGCAGGGGCCGCAGAGCUCCCCGAGUCGGGAGGGAGGGAAGGAAGGGAGCAGCUCUGCUGGGAUGCCGUCAAAUCAUGUUGUAGCUUGGGAUUCCCAAGGAGAGAGUUAAGUUAUGGGUUGCAUAGUUUCAUGUUUCUCUUAGGAGCCUAGGAUUAGGGACAGGAGUGGUUUUUGCAGCUGGCUGGUGGAUUUUCAGAUUUCAGACGGGGGACACGAAUUUCUCGUUUUGGCAGGGGGAGGGGGAUUCUCCUGUAGGAGCAUCCCAGCGCUGUACCCCACCUUUAGGAAGAGCAAACUGCUGAUCUUCAUGGGGAAAGCCUGCAGCAUCUGCUGGGCUUUGAAAUCUGACAAGCUGACAACGAUCUGGGCAGACAGGAGAGGAACUCUGUGUCACUGCAGGGUUUGGUUAUUUCCCCUCUGUUCCCUCAACCCGCUGCUUAAACGUAGGGACUUUUUAAGCUAGAUGUUCCCAUGUGAAUAUAGAGAGCUAGAAACCCCUAGCAUUGUCCCCGAGGAUGGGGCUGUGUGUGUGGAUGUGUGUGUGUGUGUGCGUGCAGAGCCGUGUGGCUGGGAGUGCACGGCCACACCUGCCAGAUUGUAUCAACAAAAACAA